GCGUUACCAGCAGCACUUACACAAAGCCUGCAUUUGGUGAGGAUCUAAUUUGUAGCAUAUGGCUUAAUAAUACAAAAGAAAGAAAAGACAAUUGGAGAGAUCAUUUCCAAUCUUGCGCGGUGGGAGGGAAGAUUUCAGUCAGUCAGUCAGAAGGAGCAGGAAAGGAAGGAGGAGAAAAAGAAGAAGAGGAAGAAAAGUGGGAAAUCUCUGCAACCCCUGGAGUCUCAUUCAGCACCACGCUCUUCUGGACAGCGUCUGAGCAGCGGACAAACAGGAGAUUUGUUCAAACCUCGAGUCUGGGAGUAACACCGCAUCUGUACAGGGCGCUUUAUUCCUCCCCCCGCAACUAACAACACUUUCUAAUUCAUACUGGAAUUUUGACUUCCCACAUCUUUCAUAUUCUUUACCCCCUUUAAACCUCUUUUUUGAUCCGUGUGGCGGGUUUGGCAAGCAGCGUUCAAACAGGAGGCGAGUGCUGACUGGAGCUGGCGCCGCCAAACAAAGACGCAGGAAGAAAAAGAAAGAAAAAAACUGGACGGCAUCAGGGAUCGCAGAAGUUCAUUUUCUCCACUUUGGGCUCACUUGUAUCGGGCGGAUUUAAAGGAGCCUGCUGUGGAACCCACUGGUUCCUCUCGUCACUUUCUGCCUGCUUGAAGGACCAAGAGGAGAACUAUAUGCACCAGAGUGAUUCUGAGGAAGCAUAGAAGAGAAACUUCCCUCCUUUGUUCUUGCCUUAUGAGAACACUCUCUGUGGACUCCCAUCGCAGCUCACCCUGUGCUGUUUAGAAGGUGCAUGUAGUCACCGCUCUCAGGUGCAGGAAAAGAGGGAAACACAAAGAGGAAAGAAGAAAGAGUGGAAGAUAAAGAGAGUGAGGCUGCAUAAUUAGUAUUACAAAGUUUGUGUCAUACAUAGAAACCAUGAGAAGAGGCUUCUGAAGACGCUCUGAAAAAUAUUGCGGCUUACCAUCAGGACAUUUAUGUGUGUGAGUGGGUAUAUGUGUGUACAUCUUUUUCAUUUUCAAAGGACUUGAAUUUGUAUUUGGAUGCUGAUUUAGCCUUUCAUUAUGACUCCACGAGGAGGCUUUGAGAGAGCGUGGAUUGGCUGCCACCGAGGUGUCUGCUGCUGGGUGUUGUUGCUGGCUUGUUAUUUCCUGAUCGCCUCGGCAGCCAAACCCAAAAUGCCAGGCCACACACACCUCAAUUCGAUCCGCAUUGAUGGGGACAUUUCUCUGGGUGGGCUGUUCCCAGUGCACGCUAGGGGCAACGAUGGCAAAGCCUGUGGGGAGCUGAAGAAGGAGAAAGGGAUCCAUAGGUUAGAGGCCAUGUUAUUUGCCCUGGAUCGUAUCAAUAAUGACAAUGAGCUGCUGCCUAAUAUCACUCUAGGGGCACGUAUCCUGGACACCUGCUCCCGGGACACCCAUGCUCUGGAACAGUCACUGACAUUUGUUCAGGCACUGAUUGAGAAAGACUCAAGUGAUGUCAAGUGUCUCAGCGGAGGCCCGCCCAUCAUCACUAAGCCUGAGAGAGUGGUGGGAGUGAUCGGUGCAUCUGCCAGCUCGGUGUCAAUCAUGGUAGCCAACAUUUUACGGCUCUUCAAGAUACCUCAGGUGAGCUACGCCUCCACAGCUCCUGAGCUGAGUGACAACACGCGCUACGACUUCUUCUCCCGGGUGGUCCCCCCGGACACCUACCAGGCCCAGGCUAUGGUGGACAUUGUCAAAGCCAUGCGCUGGAACUACGUCUCCACUGUAGCUUCUGAGGGAAACUACGGAGAAAGUGGCGUUGAUGCGUUUAUCCAGAAGUCUCGAGAGGACGGUGGUCUGUGCAUUUCCCAGUCUGUGAAAAUACCACGUGAACCACGAUCUGGAGAGUUUGACAAGAUCAUUCGCAGGCUGAGUGAAAACCCUAAUGCCCGAGUAGUGAUUAUCUUUGCCAAUGAGGACGACAUCAGGCGGCUCCUUCAAGCAGCUAAGAAGGCCAAUCAAACAGGCCAUUUCAUCUGGGUGGGUUCAGACAGCUGGGGCUCUAAAAUCACCCCAAUACUGAACCAGGAAGAAAUGGCCGAAGGUGCUGUCACCAUCCUACCCAAACGACAGUCCAUCAAAGGUUUUGAUCGCUACUUCAUCAGCCGAACACUAGAGAACAACAGACGGAAUAUCUGGUUUGCAGAGUUCUGGGAGAAUAACUUCCAAUGCAAGCUUAGUCGGCACGCUGUGAGGAAAGGAUCUGGCAUCAAGAAAUGCACAAACCAUGAGCGGAUCGGGAAAGAUUCAUCCUACGAACAAGAGGGGAAGGUUCAGUUUGUGAUUGACGCAGUUUAUGCCAUGGCUCAUGCUCUACACAACAUGCACAAAGAUCUCUGUCCUGGAAAAGUCGGCCUCUGCUCCAUGAUGGACACCAUCAACGGCACACUGCUGCUCAAGUACAUCCGCAAUGUCAACUUCACAGGAAUUGCUGGCACCCCGGUGGUCUUCAAUGUAAAUGGAGAUGCUCCUGGUCGCUAUGAAAUCUACCAAUACCAGAUCACAAAUAACACGCCAGAAUACAAGAUCAUUGGUCACUGGACGGAUCAGCUCCAUUUGGACAUCAAUGAGAUGCAGUGGCCUGGUGGAACACAAGAAGUACCCUCCUCCAUAUGCAGCCAACCCUGCCGUCUUGGGCAGCGCAAGAAGAUAGUGAAGGGAAUUCCAUGUUGUUGGCACUGCGAGAAUUGCGAUGGUUACCAGUAUCAGGCAGACACUUACACCUGCAAGAUGUGCCGCUUUGAUUUGCGGCCCAAUGAGAACCACACUGGCUGUGAUCCCAUUCCCAUUGUCAAGCUGGAGUGGAGCUCCCCAUGGGCAGUCAUCCCUGUCCUCAUUGCUGUCCUGGGCAUCAUGGCCACUCUGUUUGUGGUUGUCAGCUUUAUACGCUACAAUGACACACCCAUUGUUAAGGCAUCAGGUCGAGAACUGAGCUAUGUGCUGCUGACAGGUAUCUUUCUUUGCUACGCUACAACAUUCCUCAUGAUCUCUACUCCUGAUGUGGUUAUCUGCUCCCUGCGAAGGAUUUUCCUGGGUCUGGGUAUGAGCAUAAGCUACGCAGCACUGCUUACCAAGACAAAUCGGAUCUACAGGAUUUUUGAGCAGGGCAAGAUGUCGGUCAGUGCCCCUCGGUUCAUCUCCCCAGCCUCUCAGUUAGUUAUCACAUUCAGCCUGAUCUCACUACAGCUCCUUGGAGUGUGCAUCUGGUUUGGUGUUGACCCGUCGCAAGCCAUCAUCGACUAUGAGGACCAGCGCACAGCCAAUCCUAAAAUGGCCCGUGGUGUGCUGAAAUGUGAUAUAUCAGACCUGUCCCUUAUCUGUCUGCUGGGUUACAGCAUGCUGCUGAUGGUCACCUGCACAGUUUACGCCAUCAAGACCAGAGGGGUUCCCGAGACAUUCAACGAGGCCAAGCCCAUCGGCUUUACCAUGUACACCACCUGCAUUGUAUGGCUUGCCUUCAUCCCCAUCUUCUUUGGGACAUCACAAUCAGCAGAAAAGAUGUAUAUCCAGACCACAACUCUGACCAUCUCGGUAAGCCUCAGUGCGUCAGUCUCUCUGGGAAUGCUCUACAUGCCUAAGGUCUACGUGGUUCUCUUCCAUCCAGAGCAGAACGUACCCAAGCGCAAGCGCAGCCUGAAAGCUGUGGUCACUGCAGCCACCAUGUCCAACAAGUUCAACCCCAAAGGUAGCCUGAGGCCCAAUGGAGAGGCCAAGUCUGAACUCUGUGAAAGUCUUGAAACACAAGUGCUGGCCUCCAAGCAGACAUACAUAAGCUACAGUAACCAUGCCAUCUAACCGUGGAAGCGGAGCGAGGGCCUGCCUGAGGAGAAAUCACCUGAUUCUGGGGAAAUACUGGAGGAAUUCCAAGCUGCUACAGCAGAGAGGACUGGGGUGGAAAGAUGGGAAUUUGUCACUCCAUAUAUAAAAAGGAUGUCAUAUUUUUCUAGAGAAUCAGGUAAAGGCUUGAAUGCCAAAUUUAUGAAAAAUUAUUAGGUUAGCAGGAAGGAGAUGGGAGAUUUUCCUCUUCCCACCCUUUCUAAGACAAGUGAGCGUUGAGUAGCGACGUCUCCAGAUGCAGGCUGAGUGAAUAACCUGGAGAUUACAGUAUGUUUUCCUUCUGAAGUGUAUAGCACACAGUUUCAGUCCUCUCUGAGGCUGAAUCGUUUGUCUCAUUUCAACAAAAACAGGGGGGGGAAGUGUUCUGCUUUUACUCACGUCAAAUGCAGUUGACAAGUAUAAAAAUAUAGUCAUUAUUUUUGGUUACUGGUAAUAUUGGGGUUGAAAGCUGCAGUACUCUUCAAACUGUACAUGCCUUACUACAGUACAUUCAGUAUUCUUACAUAAACUAACAAAUCUGAAAUACCGGAAAAUAAAGCAGCGGGUCAUCCCAGAUUUUUUUUAUAAAUGUUUCAUGAUAAUGAUGCCAUCAUCUUGGCAAACCUAGUGUACAGUCCCAGAGCAUGCUUGUGGGAGCAUCACGUGUACUGUGCUGUGUCGUCAACGUCUAUGGAAUGCAACAUUUGUCAUGGUUGUCAUUCACAGUGGAGAUGUCAUUUUGGACCAUUACCCGCUGGGUUACCCUCUGCUAAAUAAAGAGCAAUUUCAAACACAAAAGGAGCAAAUCUAAAAACAAAUUGCCAUGGAAUACCUUUAUAGUUUACACCACACUCCAUAAAUGUCAGCCAGGACUUAAGAGACUUGUCGAUGCAACAUCCCAGAUAUAUUGGCUCUUAUUUAUCAUGCGCUUGUUGACACCUUAGCAAAAUUACAGCAGUUGGAUGAUUGGGAGAAAUUCAAGUUGCCCCAUUUUUUAAACUUCCAUCUCAGCCAACAUUAAAAGGUACUAUUCUUGACGUAAUAUUAACACACUUGCAGUGGAUUUCCCUCCAGUAAGUUACACUGUCUACUGUUAUUUCUAGGGACGGGGAUCGAGACCCGGUUCCAAAAUUUCUCAAAACCUGAAAAUCAAUAAGGUUCUAGCUUAUCGAUACUGCUUUCAAGACUUGCCGGUCCUAUGAUGUAACGUUAUGUCUUGA